CAAGUAACAUAAUGGAAAAUCAAAAUUUUGUCGACUCUCAAUUAUCUGAAUCUGAACCUACCAAGGAGAAAUCAGCAGAGGCUGAUCCACAUAUACACAAACAUGGUCAUUUUCACAAGCAUAUCUUCCACCAUAAUAAAUAUUUGGAACCACCGACUAGAAUCGAACAUAUACAUUCACCGCAUUUCUUUGGUCAAAGUAGUUCUGAAUCUAUGUUUCCGCCUCAGUCUUCAAGACCACCGGAAGUUAAUGUGCACAUAUCCCAGAAUCAACAUAUUGGUGGGGUUUCCUCUAAUAGUCAUGUUACGCCUCUAUCUGAUACUCAUUUCCAUGGAGAACCAGUUCAAAUUCUUCAAAGUAGUGGUGGAAGCCAAUAUUCACCAUCAGAAGGAAAUAGCGAGGAAGGGGGGCAAAUAUACAGAUCUGGAGAAGAUAUGACUGAGAGAAGUUGGGACGAUGAGGAACAAGAUCAAAUGCUUGGGACAUUUCCUUUGCCAAUGUUGACUCCAAAUGAGCCCGAAUAUCCGAAUGUUCGAAAUCCUGAUCAAUUUGAUCCAAACGAACCUCAGAAUUUUCAAGCGAUUGUAAGAUUCAUCGAAGCCGAACAGAGAUCUAUAAGCAGAAUGAUUCACAGCUUGGAUAGAAAUAGAUUGCACUAUAAUGGCCCUGCUGUGUUACCUAACAUCGAGAAUUACCAGGACCAUCCUGAUGAAUAUCUACCAAAUGAUGAUGAAAACUAUGAACACUAUAAAGUUCGGGAAUCUGCAGAAAAUAAUCGAACAAAAUUGGGCAGAUUGGUGGUUUCGAAAGAGCAUGAGAGACAAUUGGGGGCCGCACACAAUUCUGGGGUGGAUGAGGAAAAUAUAGUAGAUGGAAGACGUAUUCAAACUGCUACUUAA